CCAGCAGGGUUGCCACCCGAGCGCCCCCAGGACCACAAAAUUGACCUGGAACCCGGCGCGCAGCCUACAGUCAGGACCCAAUGGCGACUGACUCAGCCCGAACUCACGGAGUUGCGGAGCCAGCUGGACUACCUCUUGGAGAAGGGGUUCAUUAGGCCCAGCACGUCCCCGUUCGCGGCACCAAUCCUGUUCACGCCAAAGAAAGACGGCGGGCUGCAAAUGUGCAUCGACUACAGGGCGCUGAAUCGGCGAACCAUUAAGUCUCGCUACCCAAUCCCACGCGCGGACGAUCUUCUCGAUCAACUUCGCGGAGCUCGCUUCUUCUCGAAAAUUGACUUACGCGGCGGUUACCAUCAGAUCCGAGUCUUCGCUGACGACUGCCACAAGACGGCGUUCCGAACCCGCUAUGGCAGCUACGAGUACACCGUGAUGCCGUUUGGCCUCAUGAACGUGCCCUCCACUUUCCAACUCACCAUGAAUGGCGUAUUCCGCGAUCUCCUCGACAAGUGUGUCAUCGUCUACCUUGAUGACAUUCUGAUAUACAGCCAGACACAGGAACAGCACCUGAGGGACCUCGAGCAAGUUUUCCAGCGGCUGCAAGAACACCGCCUCAUUACGAAGGGCUCUAAGUGCGAGUUCCUAAAAUCCGAACUGGAAUUUUUGGGACAUGUCGUGGGAGCGGACGGCAUCAAAAUCGACCCGAAGAAAAUCACAACGAUUCGCGACUGGAAGCCGCCGACGAAUUUACAGGAGCUGCAGAGUUUUUUGGGUUCGUCAAUUACGUCCGGCAAUUUCGGCGACGGACUCCAACCAAUCGCGUAUGAGUCUAGGAAGUUGCAGGCAGCCGAGCGCAACUACCCCAUCCACAAUAAAGAAAUGCUCGCCAUCGUGCACGCGUUCAAGGUGUGGCGAUGCUACCUGACGGGAGCCGACGUGACAGUACGGACAGACCAUAAAUCCCUACAGUACCUCCGCGCGCAGCCAAACCUCAAUCCACGACAGAUUCGUUGGCUGGACUUCCUCGAAAGCAACUUCCACUACACCAUCACAUACAAACGUGGGGCGAAUAACAUCGCCGACGCACUGACACGACCGUCCGCCCACCUCGCCUCCAUCAUCAUUGCGAAAUCAAACCCACUGCUCACCGGACUAUUUACCCACGGCUACAACACCGACCCCUUUUUCACCCGCAACCUCCACCAACAAGCCACCACAGCCAAGGGACCCUACUUCCUAAAAGCCGAGAUACGUAUCUGCGUGCCCAAUCUGCCAACGCAUGAAGUCUUCUCGACAGCGGCCAGCUGGACUGCUGCAACCGCUCGAGCCACCCCAGUGACCGUGGCAACAUGUGACGAUGGACUUCGUCACGGGGCUCCCGGCCGCAGCCACGGGCAACGACGCCGUGCUGGUCUUCGUCGAUCGACUGACGAAGAUGGCACAUUUCGCACCCUGUCGCACAACAAUCACAGCCGAAGAUACCGCGAAGCUUUUCAACUCCACCGUUGUUCGUCUGCACGGCCUACCCUCAGCGAUCAUCAGCGACCGCGACCCAAAUUCACGUCCAAGUUCUGGCAGGAGACAUGGGCCCAGUACGGCACACACCUCCAAUUUUCCUCCGCCUACCAUCCUCAAACCGACGGCCAGACCGAACGAACCAAUCAAACCAUGGAGCAGCUGAUACGCACCAACUGCCCCGAUCCUGCCCGGUGGGAAGAAUUAUUGCCCAUGCUGGAAUUUUCCUACAACAAUGCCCCAUCGGCUACGACCAAUCACUCGCCGUUUUUCCUAAAUUACGGGAUGGAUCCGACCAUCCCGACGACUACCCACAUCGACAAUCCCCGUGCCACGUUCCCAGCAGUUCGUGACCAGUUUGCAAGCUGCCCGGGAUAAAGCGAUCGAAUUCAUUCGAAAGUCCA